AUGGCGAGGAGAAAACCAAGAAAACCCAAUGCCUCUAUCGAUAAAUCCGUGGGCCUUCUGAAUAGUAUCAACGCCUCUAAGUCCAAUGCCGCGAAUACAAAGAACCUCAAAAGGCGCCCUGCGACCGGUGCCGAUAUCUACGACAUUCCCCGCUCUCCAUCUCCACCGCAUUCACAAGUUCCCCAGACCGAGCCAAGAAAGGCAGGCCGAUUUGCGCUGAGGAGCCGCGGAGUGCCUAGCUCGGGGUUACCAGAUCCCUCUCAUAAUGCUCCCAACGAUGAAGAAGGCCAGAAACCCAACGAUGACGAGUCCGGAUCAGAAGACAGGGAUGAAGAAGGCCAGAAGCGCGAUGGCAAGUCCAGAUUGGAAGACAGCGUGUCUGAAUCAGAUGACACUGAGCACGAGCCCGAUCGAGAAGCAUCUUACGAUAGUUCAGACGAAGAAAUGGGGGAGGGACUGGAGAAGCUGGAAAGUGAGGCCGAAGAGGAUCUAUUCGCCAUACCAAUUGAUUUGUUCCCUGAGGAUCAAGGUCAACCUGAGAAGGAGAUGAGAGCUACAACCGAGAAUAGGCACCGAGAUGAGCGCAGAGGAAGAUCCGAAGAUCGAGCUAGACGUCAAGCUGAGGAACAAGCUGGACAUGAGCCCAGCAAUACAUCCGACGGCGGAGACCCGUUUGAAGAUGAAGAACCGGUAGACGAUGAUUCUGGAGCUGAAAGUCGGAACAGUCCAGCACCGCCCCAGCAAACCGCGAGAUCAUCUAAUAUCGAGGUGCAAAUUAUCCAGCAUAUAGCAAGAGAGCAGAGGCAUCGCUCACAUGUGAGUCGUGCGUCGUCAGAUGCUCAAGCAUUUCCAAGUGCUUCGUCGCAGAUUCAUGAAGUACCAGAGAGUACGAUCCAGUCGCCUCGUCAAAACCAGGAGAUUCAGGAAGUACCAGAGAGUCCGACGAUGCAGUCGCCUCGCCAAAACCAGGAUCGAAGAGUUCGCUCGGAUCUUUUCUCCUGGCUGACGGAUGCCACCAGAGACUCCGUUUUCAAAGACGACUGGGAAGAAAUCCGCAUAGGCCGGAAAAUCAUGAAAAAUCACCAAGAUUCCCGCAUGAAAGAGCGCUUCAGGGAUAUAAUCAAGCUAAUUGCACGGCUGCGUUUUGUGUUUGAAACGAUAACCCUCGACUCCGCCUCAGCUUCCACUUUGAGGCCUCAGUAUCGCCUCAUUGCCAACAGCAUUUUCAAAGAGGUGCAGUGGAUAAUAUCCAGCGAAGCCCCGGAGGAUGAGGAGGGCGCGUAUCUGGUCAAUCAGCUCGAAGCCCACAUCGUGCCGCGUCUGAUUGACCUGAUUAUCCACGGGUUCAAGGCCUAUAAAACUAUAAAAGAUCAGGCGUCGCGGCAUUUUAGCAUCAUUCUGGAUCUGCUUUGGGGAUGCUGUGACAGAAUAUCUUCCCUUGCUACUAUUGAUUAUGACAUUAGUAUGGAUGUGCGUGCCCUUUCUAAAACGAUUAUGACACAUGUGAAGGCUAUCAAGGAUGCACUCCACGAUGGCCGGCUGCGUGAGAAAUCGAAGCGCGUUCCUCGUCGACCUCCACGUUACCAGCAAUUUGUCCUAAAGGGAGUCGAAAGCCAUAUUUCUUGCAGGUCGUGGACGUACGCAGAGCGGGAUGCACUUCGCAAUGGCCUUGAAUUCCAUGAAGGGGAAGAUCGAUACGUCGAUAUCAAAUGUGACGAAGCAUUUGGCCCUCGACUCUCCGAUCGCAUUCUGAAAGACAUCCGGGCUCAGGCCAUCCGCCUUGGGCUCGAUGAUCCAUGA